GUCAGUCAGAGGAGGCUGAGUGUCCACCAGGACAUGGUCUAAGGGCAUGAGCCACCGUGUUCCACGUGAAAAGACGAAAACAAGUACAGAGAGAACAAGGCGGACCCUCAAAAUCUUCCUGGCAACCUCACCAUCUACUGGACCACUGGCUGGAUGCCAGCAAGGAGGAGGGACAUGAGGGGUCCAGGAGGUUCCUCUAGUUGACUGGCAGAGAGAAGCUGGUUAGCGGGGAGGAUAAGCCAGGAGGAAGACAGAGUGGGCAUUCCCAUGCACUGCGGAAUGGCAUCACCACUGCCCUGGCUGUACAUGAUUUUAUGGGUAGAGAAUGCCCUAGGGAAACUUGAAGAUGAAGGAAACUUCUACCCAGAGAACAUCAGUCGGAUCCUGGACAACUUGCUGGAAGGCUACGACAAUCGGCUCCGGCCGGGAUUUGGAGGUGCUGUCACUGAAGUCAAAACAGACAUUUAUGUGACCAGUUUUGGGCCCGUGUCAGACGUGGAGAUGGAGUACACCAUGGACGUUUUCUUCCGCCAGACCUGGACCGACGAGAGACUGAAGUUCGGGGGGCCAACUGAGAUUCUGAGUUUGAAUAACUUGAUGGUCAGUAAAAUCUGGACACCUGACACUUUUUUCAGGAAUGGCAAAAAAUCAAUUGCUCACAACAUGACAACUCCUAACAAACUCUUCAGAAUAAUGCAGAAUGGGACCAUUCUGUACACUAUGAGGCUUACCAUCAACGCUGACUGUCCUAUGAAGCUGGUUAACUUUCCUAUGGACGGGCACGCUUGCCCACUCAAGUUUGGGAGUUAUGCCUACCCUAAGAGUGAAAUCAUAUAUACGUGGAAGAAAGGACCACUGUACUCAGUUGAAGUCCCAGAAGAAUCUUCCAGCCUCCUCCAGUAUGAUCUGAUUGGACAAACAGUAUCCAGUGAGACGAUUAAAUCUAACACAGGUGAAUACGUAAUAAUGACAGUUUAUUUCCACUUGCAAAGGAAGAUGGGCUACUUCAUGAUACAGAUAUACACGCCUUGCAUUAUGACCGUCAUUCUCUCCCAGGUGUCCUUCUGGAUUAAUAAGGAGUCUGUCCCCGCCAGAACGGUCUUCGGGAUCACCACUGUUCUAACCAUGACCACUCUGAGCAUCAGCGCCCGGCACUCCUUGCCAAAAGUGUCUUAUGCAACCGCCAUGGAUUGGUUCAUAGCUGUUUGCUUCGCUUUCGUCUUCUCUGCUCUUAUUGAGUUUGCAGCUGUCAACUAUUUCACCAAUCUCCAGACACAGAAGGCCAAAAGGAAGGCGCAGACUGCAGCCACGCCCCCAGUGACAGUACCCAAAGCCACCGAGCGCUUGGAAGCCGAGAUUGUCUUGCAUCCUGAUUCCAAGUACCAUCUGAAGAAAAGAAUCACCUCCCUGACCUUACCGAUAGUUCCACCCUCCGAGGCCAGCCACGUCCUCACCAGAGUUCCUGUCUUACCAUCAACUCCCAUCACUCCCCCGCCGCUCUCCCCAGCCUUCGGAGGCACCAGCAAAAUAGAUCAGUACUCUCGGAUUCUCUUCCCGGUCGCGUUUGCGGGGUUCAACCUUGUGUACUGGAUAGUCUAUCUUUCCAAAGACACAAUGGAAGUGAGCGGCGGUGUCGAGUAGCUUGCAGACAGGGCACCCUGUCUUAUACGAGUUCUCAUUUUCUGAAUUUUGUUUUCAAAAAUAGCAUUGAGACUUGAGUAGAUGCUUUUCGAAAUAUGAAAUCAAAAUGGAAAAUCUGUAACGCGGAGUUUUCGGUAAGCAGAUACGAGCCAAAAAGCGAUAAUAUUACUCCUCAAAAUUGGGAGUGGAAGGUUGCUAAAAUGUAUGACUGUGGAUGGUGGACACAAGAUGCAAUAUAUAGAUCUUGUAUCAUAGGAGUAUAUACUUGAAACCUGUAUGAUCUUAUUACCCGAGUCACCCCCAUAAAUUUAAUAAAGUACGACUUUGGUGUACAUUAGAGAGAAACUUUAUAAGAAGGUAAGAUUGAUGCAAGGUGAAUUUGCCAAUCUUCGUUCUUCCUUGUUCAAUAUUUGAAAUGUCACUGUGAAUAGCAUAUACCACAAUGCAGACAAAAUAAGAAAGGCUGACAAUUCCAAAGGUUGCCUUAAAAUAUAUUUAUUUUGGCUUAGUUUUCAAGGGAGCAAAAUAUAAAUAGUGUGAAUAUUUACCAGUGGGUUACUACCAGCAUGGUGGAGGCCUUUACGCUAGUGAAGUAGCUUUCAGUGGCAUUGCAAAGCCUGUAUUGAGCUUAUCCAUUUGUUUUAACCUUGCUGCGCUAUUUUACCUCAAUGAAGUAUGGUGUUUAUAUACAGACGAGUUACACAUCAAUUAUAAAUUAUGUAUGCAUAUGUACAUAGCUUUAGUUGGGCUGCAGUACCACAUUGCUUUAUCUUGUUAAGCUUUCCUUUUAAAAUAAUCUGUUCAUUAUAAUUCCAUGAAGUUAUGGGAAAAAAUAGUGAUUAGAGGGAAGCCUUGUGUAUUAUGACUGUGAUCAUAUCUUGUAUUUUCUACCUUUCUGAGUA